ACUAAAAGUUCUGCGCAUCUAGGAAGCUGAUGUGUCGCUCAUCUCGUAACUGUAAACACAACGAUUUGACAUAUAAGCUUACAUUUUAAAAUUGGGUUGAACUGUUCAUGUUAACUGCUCAUGGCAGAUUUCAACAUUGUAAAAGCAGGAUGGCUUCAAAGACAGAGUUCAAUUCUGCGAAGGUGGAAACGUAACUGGUUUGUCCUCUAUCAAAAUGGUGACUUGAAAAUGUUUGAGAGUGCCGACAGCCAUUACUCGGAGUGGACUCUGGUGAUGAAGAUAGAAUGUCUGGCUAUUCUGUCUGGAGAACAGUGUGGUGUCACUCCCCCAGAGGGCACUGGUAAAGAGUGUCUGCUGAAGAUUGUCGGAAGAGGCAAUAACACUUACCAACUGUGUGCUGAUACGUUAGAUGAUAUGACUGCCUGGAAGAUAGCCUUAGAACAGGCCAGAGUCCUGACUACAAGGAGCGCCAAGGAUGCCCCACCCACAUAUUCUGAAGCAGUUGGUACUACAGGAACAAAUGGGGGACAGUUCCCUUACUCCCAACCCCAAACCUUGGCUUCAGCGCCUCCAUAUGUACAUGUGUAUCAAGAGAACAUGUCCAGUGGUGCUGGGUAUUCACAACAGCAAAUGGCAGCGGCUUCUACUCCAUAUCCCCAACAGCAAAUGGCGGCGGCUUCUACUACAUAUCCCCAACAGCAAAUGACGGCGGGUUCCACUCCAUAUCCACGCCAGCAAGUAGCAUAUAGUUAUCCUGGCCAAGUUUACUAUGGGUCAAACCCACCUCCCAUAGUUCAACACUCUGGACAGCAGCAAGUAGUGUACGUAGACGGAAAUUAUUAUCCUGUAGAUGGAUGCAGACGCAGAAGAAGAAACAGCAUAGACGGCAGUGACGUGGCCCUGGGGAUGGUUGCUGGAGCUGCACUGGGCUCGAUGAUGUUCAUGCCGCUGUAUUGGUAGCUGCUGUGACCUUGACAUUAUCAGACUAAAAUAGAGGAGGUUCACCGACUUGGUUUGUGAAGAGUAGAGAAGUCUGUUGAAUGCAAAGGCAGUGGAGAUUCCAUUUGUAGAGAAAAUGACAUACUUUACAUUUUACUUCAAUUAUUUUUGAAUAUAUGAUAUCAUUUUUUUGUCCAUUUAUUUUAUUUUAUAAUUUUAUUUCUCAGUUAUUUUUGUCUUGGUAUCUUUGAGCACACUUGUUGGCUCAAUCUAGUGGUAUAUAUGAUGGUACAUUUGUAUGUUAUUUCUAAUAUGUACAUAAUAUGUUUACCUUUGGAAAAAAAUGUGAUUUUUCAUUGUAUUUCUCUGCGGUAAAAAAGCGAUUUUAAGAUAGUGAAGAAUUUGAUAAGGAAAAAGUCUGUGAGUGAAGUAUUCCUUUUUUUCUUGGCAAAACAAUCUCCUGCAUUUCUUUAAUGAGACAUUCUUUCAUAUUGGGGAGGGAGGAGGAAGCCUGAUGGGUUGUAAAUAGAAACUUUGGAAAAACCAGUUGCUAUGGACAUUCCAGUAAGAUUUUAUGAGUUGUUAUUUUCAAUGAGGUGUGUGUAUUACCACCAGCAUGUGUUUGAUGUGCCCAGUCUAGUUGUUGGGACCUAGCCAGGAGGUGAUAAGUCCUCUCUGAUCCUGCAGUUGGGUUUGGCCUCCAAAUGGAGAUUUAAAAAUAUCAUGUAGUUUGACAUUUUUCUCAGACUGGACUUGAAUCAUAAUAUGUGUAGUAUGUUAUACUUAAAACAAGGACUCUACAGCUGAUGAUUGGAUCCUUUUGAUCAAACUUCUACAGCUGAUAAUAUUUCUUUAAUUCUGGGUUUACUGUCUGUCAUGACAUUUAUUUCUUUAUUUAUUUAUGGUGAAAGGGAUAAUAUACAGACACAAUCUCACACUGUUUUACUGCAGUUUUCUUCCUUUUUUAAUCAAGAGUAGAGGCUACAAUGUCAUUCUGUUUGUUUGAGUCCUUUAUCUAAAAGUCAGAUAUUUGCAUUUACCUUGAAACAUUGAAAUUUGAUUUUCUUCAGUUUGAUAUCUUUUGAAAUACACAUGUCUGUGGUACUCGUUAGCAAUUCUGUAUUUGUGGAUUACAGCGUCCUCAUUAUAAGUGAGUUACAUUAUUUUAGUUCAUAAAUUCUUAUUUUCCCUAUUUAUUCUUGUUAUAUAUUCACGAUGUCAAAUAAAGAAAGCUUUUGUCUCUGUGUAAUGGAGUAUUUUCAUUUAUUCAAUAUAUAUAUGACAAAUAUGUUGCACUUUGAAAUGUCUGAUAGCUUUUUGUAAGCAUUUUAUAUACUCUAGAUAUUGAGAAAUGUAUGUUUUUUCCAAAAUAUGUUCUUGUAUAUUUUUAUCAGCCAUCUGUCUCUCUAUGUAUAUUCUGGAUGUGAUUAUAUAUACUAGCAAUUAUAAAAUAUCCUUUUUCUCAGAUAUGUUACUUUAUCCCUUAUAUGUGAAUAAACUUUUGCAAAUAAA